GUCUGCUAUUAAGUGCGAUUGUUGUAGAUUGAUAAACACAAUAUCACGUCGAGUUUUUUCCGAUGUGGCCAUCGUGUGCAGGUAAACUGGCACGAUUUUUUGCAUCAUUACAGCCGCUGCCGUUUGUUCGAAUUGUCUCUGUUCGUUGAAUAAUUGAAAAAGUUUCGCCGGCUGCUCGUUUGACGGUAAGAGUGCCGAGUUUUCAUAAAUGAGUGCCAAUGCAGAUGAGAAAUUUUUCGCUUAACAGAACGAAUUUUGUGCCCCAAUAAAAAGGAUUUAAAAAGAAAGAAUGAAAUUUAAUUCAACUUUUCAAUGAAAUGUUUAAAUUGGAAUCAUAUAUUACUCCUGUUAUACUCAGCUAUGUUGAAAAAUAUGUCAAAAACUUUAAACCAGAGCAGUCUCAGGUUUCCUUGUGGGGUGGAGAUGCAUCCUUUCAAAAUCUUGAUUUACGAUUGGAAGUGUUGGAAGAGCAACUUAAUCUUCCAUUCACGUUCGUCAGUGGACAUAUUCAUGAACUACUUAUUCAUGUCCCCUGGGUAAAAAUUACAUCAGAGCCAAUUGUAGUGACCAUUAACACCAUUGAAUGUAUUUUAAAACUUAAAGAAGAAAAUCAAUGCGACAAUGUUAAUAAAUCAUCUCCUCAGAAAGAAAUUGCUGUUUCAGAAGAAGAAGCCCCACCUGGAUAUAUAAGCAGUAUAGUGAAUAAAGUCAUUAACAAUAUAACAAUAAAUUGUAAUAAUUUAAUUUUAAAAUAUGUAGAAGAAGAUAUUGUUCUUAGUAUGAAUGUUAGAUUUUUAUCCAUGCAAAGUGUUAACAAAAAAUGGGAGCCAGCUUUCACAGAUAUGAGCAGCUAUGAAGUUAGACUACAAAAAAUUAUCACUAUUCAGGAUUUAACUCUGUGUUUAGACAAAAUGGAUACAUCAGGGAAAAUUGAAAUAUAUCAGGAUCCAGUAUUAUAUCGCUGUUCGUUAACUAUAAGACUGAUUAUGAGUUAUCAUAGUCAAAUGGCUAAAAGAGCAUCGAUAACUAGGUUUGAUGUACAUUGUCAAAAAAUGGAGUUCAGUAUAACCGAGCAACAAAUUCCCAUGAUCUUAAGGCUGCUUGCAUUGGUCACCACUUUGCAAUCGCGUCAGUUUCCUGUAGCUAAAGAAAAGUCAAGCAUGCCAGAAGAAGAGAAUGACAAUAUUGCUAAUGAUUUAGCACAAGUGACCAAAGCAGCCGGAGAAGCGGGUUGGGGUAUGUGGGCUUGGAACACCGUCUCAUCGAUCAUUCCAAUGGAUUGGGAAAACAAUUGGUCGGACGAGCUGUUGGACUACUCUGGACACAUUGUGCAUUUUGGAUUCUUUAUCGACGAUGCCACUAUAACAUUCAAAGCCGUCGAGAGCGUCAAGGAGCAGUUGUUUUACAAGUCUCGUAAAAUCAAGUACAAACCGUUUCUUUCGAUUCACUUUUCCGAGGCAGUGAUGGACGGGGUCUUGCAAGGAAUCUCAAUGACCAACGUUUACAUGGGCGUCGGUACCAUUCAAUUGUAUCCGCGAGAAGCUUGCAGCUGUGAAUUUCCCGAGGUCUCGGAUGGAGUACAGCCUCCUCUUUAUCUGACCGCCGGGCUGAAAAAGGACGAAUACCUCAAAAACACGCUGUUUGACGAUGAAGCCGUGGAAAAUCAAGGGAAAAAGAGAGAAUACAAAAAGGACGUUUCUCAUUACCUCAGCAAAAAUUCCGUUUCAGAAUUAUUAGAAAGAUGUCCAGCCGUCUCGCUGGAUUACGUACAUUACGCCGAAAUCCCGGAGGACGUGACGCCUCAGCAAUUGGCAGAGCUGAGCUCGGGUUUCGAGUACAGCAAUUUUCGCGAGGAGAGACACAUCAGAUAUACGUUCGGCGACAUAACUCUGCGCGUCUGUUCGGGACUGCUGCACCGUAUCGACACCAUCAGACAGGCGGCGGAAAAAUACGACUACAAUCCCUACAUCGUUCCCAAGACCUUGCCCAAGUUCGACGAGCUGCCGCCUGUUACGGUGGAGGAGUACGAAGCUCUGCGAGAAAAUAUACCGAUUUUAACGACGUACCUGUACGUGAAAAAAGUCGCCGUACAAUUGCAACUGGCCGAUCAUUAUUCAGCCGGUCUGCCCAGACAGAGGAAUCUCGUUAAGCAGCAGCAGCAACACGACGAGACUCUGUCGCCGUGCCUGAGCGAAGAGCCGCACGUCAGUCUCGAGGCGGGCACGAUCGAGGCCAGCCUGGAAGAGCCCAUCUAUCCGUUCAGGCUGAUCGCGUGCGCCUCGAAGCAAACGGAGAUACCCGCCGAGAUGCUGACUCGGUGCUACCGCAAGCUCAAGUUCCGACUCAACGGAGUCGGCAGUCAGGUCUUUUUGAAGUCCGAGCGUCGUCGAACGCCGCUGGUACUGCCGUGCAACGUCGAGGGCAAUCUGCGCACGAUACUCUAUCCCGAUUACUGGAAGGAGGCGCACAGGAUACACGGCUCGCACGAGCUGAGCGUCGACUCGAUCACGAUUACGGGCACCAAGAGGAAGAUCGCGGUCGCAGCGGCGAUCGUUUCGUCGCUGCUCUGCGCGCGGGACGACGACGAUCUCGGCCGACUCGUGUCCUGCUCCAGCAUCUGCAACGAUUCGCGCGACGAAAAGAGCCCGAUCUAUCUGGAGCUCUGCCUCGACAAUAUCCAGCUGAAGGGAGUCGCGUCCUUGUGCACGAGGUCCUACACGGCCGAUCUGGCGUCGAUGAAGAUUUUCGCCCACAGCGAGACCGAGCAGGCGUUCAUAUUGUCCGGCCCGGAGCACGAAGAAGCUCACAGUAAUCGGGAAACGCGACCAUUGGUAAGUGCCAUCGUGCAGUUUUCAAACGAUCUCGUCGACAAUCCUCAGCAUCCGACGAUACUGUCCUUUCGGAUGGCUCCCAUGAAGGCUUGCUUGGAUCCUCUUUUGCUCAAGUGGCUGGACUAUCAGGUUAACAAAGGUAAAUGCGCUUACUCAGCGCCACAAAACGUCGGUGGUCGACCCGAACAAAACCUGACUCAAGCCGGCACCGAGAGCAUCGUCUCGGAUCCGAGCGUCACCAGGAAGAGAAGCAGCUUCGUUCACGAGAGCGUUCACAGCUCGUCCGACAAGGACAAGCGCAAAAUCGACGAAGCCGUCGUCGCGGACAAUAAAUCGGCGAAAAAAUCGACCACCAAGACCUACGACUCCGACGCGGUUUUGACUCAGAGCGAGUCGCUGCAACAGAAGCAACAACAGCGUCUGCAUCAUCAGCAGGAGCAACUCGAGCAGGGGGCCUCGUCUCCCGACUCGAGCUACGGUUUGUGGGCACGAUUGACUCAAUUGUCGCCGUGGUGGUCGACGCUGAUUCUCGACGCUCGAGUGGAUCACACGAUCGUUUACGUGCCUACGCGUACGAUGAGCGGCAUCGAUUUGGAAGGCAUCGAAGAGGCGAAAGAUGCAGCCUUGAAAUCGGAUGAAAAUCUGCGUAUUCUCGUAGUGAAAUUGCCCGUCAUUGGUAUAACGUCUUCGAAUACAAAUGCCGAGCCGUCGAAUUAUUUAUCAAAGUAUGCGCAUGAAUUGCCGAUAAGACUUCCUAAAAAUAUUUGGGCUGCGAAAACUCACAGCUUUCCUUGGACUUUGGAAAUAUCGGAUCUGGAAAUGUUCACUCUGAAAGGUAGCGCGCGACAGAAUUUCGUCAAGAAAAUUCGCUUCAAAGCCACGCUGGACCUCGUGACGAAAAGUACGGAAUCCACUACGGCGAUCAACGAAUCGGCCGCCACUCUGAGCCUGUGCUUGUACAUCGACACAUCGCCGAUCAUCGUGUCGCUGAACGAGGAGCAGGUGAGCUUUUUGCACGCUCUAACGAACGACAUCGCGAGCGUGACCAUUGCGGCGGGUCCCGCGAGCCAAACGCAUUCCUCGAGUAUCGGCGAGGCGCGAGAUUCGAAAGACUUGCCCGCGGCGCUGAGGAGAAGCUCGUCCAGUCCGACGCAGCAGCAGUACUUGGAGGACGCUACCACGACUUCCACGAUGUCCGCCGUGAAAAAGGAGAACACCGCGCAGGCAGCCGACGCUUCGCACGUGAGCGCCUGCAUUCAGUGGACCAUCGCUAAGAUCUCGGUAAAACUUUACGUUUUGGCGGACGACGACACUUACGCUAAUUCCAAGCUGGCCCUGGAACUGGAAGAUAUCAUAACUUCGAUCGACGUGCAACCGGUUUACUUCAAGCUAAAGCACAAGAUAACUACGGCCACGAUUUUUCAUUACGUGAGAUCGUCGCAAUCGCAGCAAUGGGACUUGGGUGAGUACGCGGGUAUACUCAUGAGCGGCCGAGAAGGACAGAUGGAAAAAAACGAGGAUUCGGGAUUCUUGUGCCUUACGUUGACCGUGGCCAAGUCCGGCAACGUGCACACUCGCUGGGGAGCCAGAAAAUCCUACAAAUUGCCGAGGAAAGAUUCGCGCAUGGAGGUGCUGCAACCGAGCGACACUUACAUCACCGAGGCUCUAGUGAAGAUCCAACCGAUCGACCUGACCGUGGCGCCGAGCGUGCUCGGCAAGUACGUCGGGAUCGCGAGACCGCUGCUGCUGAGCGACGACGCAGCGAGCCGCGAGUCUCGAGCCAGCGACGACGACGCGAAGAUCAUGCCGCCGUUCAUUGGAAUCGCCAAGCUGCGCAGCGAGUCUCUGCCUCUGGUGUACUUCGACUUGAAGGGACUGCGUAUAAUGCUGCCGACGACCAUGGACGAUCCGGACAACGACUCGACUCACGAUCUGCUGAUGUUGCAGGUCGACGGUGUUCGAAUAACGCCGCACGCCGAGAAUCCCAUCUGCAGGGUACCCCUGCGGCCGGAUAUCUAUCAACUGGCCGGUCAGGCUAAUAUUCUGAAUGUGCCGGGCUCGGCGGUCGAGGAUCGACAGUAUCAGAUCAACGUCGACGGUAUCAGUGCCUUCACGACGACUUGGAAGGGCUAUCAGAGGAGCGUCAUGAAGCGAGUGUCGCAGUCGUACUUGUACACGAUGAACGAGAAUCCUGCCGUGGAGUGGAAUAAGCUUGGCAACGGUAGCAGUCUCGAGCCGCACUUACCUACGCUUCCUAUCGUGACGAGAUUCGAUUUCUGCUUCAUCGUGGCACCCGUCAUUAUCUUCAAACCCGACACGAUCGUUUGCGCCAGCGCCGCCGAGCUCAAUUGCCUCACGGAUCUAGAACUGAUGUUCAAUCCCGGACAGAUCAAACUGGUCGCUUGGCUGUUGAAUCAACUGCAGGGUCUUGUGCCGAGCGGUGGCAAGUCGGAUCGAUCGGACAUUUUCGAAACACCGAGAAGUCAAUUGAGAAACCAACCUUCGUUCACGAGCAGUCUGAAGGGAUCUCACUUGAUCAAACAAACGAUCCCGGAGUUCGAGCUGGAUGUCGCCAAGGAUAGCGGGGUCGAUUUCGACUCUUGCAGCUUGACUUCUUCCUACAUCGGAAAAACUUGCGCUCGAUCGAACGAGCUUACACCCUUCGAGUGCCUGAUGAACUGUGGAAAAGUAACGAUAGUCUUUUACGACGUCGUUCGCGAGCCAGUUUCACCGAGACUAUCUACGCGAACAGAGAAUGAGAAAGGAGACGAAGCUAACAAUACGUUAAAGUCACCCCUCGUUUACGCCGUCAUCGACCAACCAAAUUUGUACUUUUAUCAACAACAAUCGGAUCAAAGGAUUCAGUUCUCGUGUUUCGAUGUCUCGCUGCUUCUCGGCAAUGAAACAGGCAAGAGAUCGACGUCCAUUCCAUCGGCCAGCGACUUUACCACGUUCAUUCUGGAAACGAAGAGCGGCGAGGCUCACCUGGACACGGGCAUCCCGCCGUCCUUCCUGGUCGUCAAGUGGGACGCGUGCAAAAAUUCCCAGAUGAGCAUCAACAUGGGCCGACCGACCAAGGUGCACUUUUCUCUCGCGAGGCUCGACAAGCUGCUGCGGAUACGCGACCAACUGAUCGAUUGUCUGGACGACGGUCGAGCGCAUACAGUCGUCGGCGCGGAUCGUUGCAACGUUUACAACAACAGCACGAGUAGCAGUCCCGACAGCGGCAGCUCAGCGGCGCAACAACAGCAGCAGCAGCAGGUCAGCAGCUCCAACAAGUAUCGCGUACCCGACACGAACCUGUCCACGAAGCAAUUGGUCUUUUCCCUGGAAACGAGCGACGGCACGAGCGAGCUCCUGCUGAGUCUGGCCUCGUUCUCGGCCAGCGCCAGCAAUUCCUCGAGGCCCGAGAGGAUCUUCGGCAGCUUCAGUUGGGACUCGCUCGUCGUGUCGAUCAGGGAUCAUCUGAGUCGGGCGGACGCGAGUGCCCAAAAGGCUACCACGAUGCUGUUGAAUCCGUGCUCGUGCAGCGUCAGCGUGUGCCUGCUCUGGGAGCCUUGGCAACAGAAGGCCGAGCCGCCCCAGAUACAGGUGCAGGCCGAGUGCGACUGUCUGCAUUUGGAUCUCGGACCGCGACACAUACUCGCUUGUCAAUCGGGCCUCGGCGACCUAACGAAGAUAUUGUCGAGGACGACCGAAGCAAACUCGACUAGCAACGAACUCGAUCGUUCCCAUCAUCAUCGGCAGCAGCAACAGCGGCGGCCCACGAAGCACGAGCAGCACUACCAGGACGAUCUGAAAUCCGGAGCCUUUCAAUUCGUCGACGGCACCACGGACGAGCUGCCGUUCCCCUACCAGGUGGUGUUUCACUCGCAGCCGCAGCGAGCCAUGGCCUGGCGAUACCCGCACCCGAGGACCCUGACGCGCAUCCACGUGAGUCCGGUGCCCAUGGAGGAGGCCAGCAGCAGCGAGACCGGCGACGACGACGACGACGACGACGGGCCCGGCCAGAGGCUCGGCUGCGCCAUCGAGUACUGGAGCGAGAGCCAGACGACCUAUCAGCGCUACGUGGACUUUUACCUGUCGGAGCAGGAGAGCUACCGGCUGGACCUGCCGGAGCACGCGCCCCUGCAAGCCGUGGCCUGCGUCUGGCGCAUCGUCCUGCUUAACGGCGCCUCGAGAUCAUCUCGUCGUCGGCUGUCGAGCAAGGCCCUGCUGGCCUGUCUGCGCAUCGACUCGUACUUCAAUCCGCGCAUAGUGCCGAGUCUGCAGGCGGCCGUCAGCCUCGGCUGCGUCCAACUGCGCCUGUUCAAUCAGCUGGAGGACGAGGAAGACGAGGAGCAGCAGCAGAAGCAGAAGCGCGACCUACCGGCACCUCUGGCCCGUUACGAGCUCGCCGGCCAGGUGCCCGCGAACCAGUGCUUCGCCGUGCUCGAGCUCAGCCGCGCCCAGCUCGCCCUCAGCAGGUGGUCCAGCACGGAGGUCGCGCUCGUGCGCGCCAACGCCGCGCUGGGACUGCGCCUGCUCGACUACGGCCUGCUGCUCAGCCAGGAGGUCGUCGAGCCGGCCGAGUGGCAGCUGCGGCUCUCGCGCGGGCCCUCGCCCGACCUCGCGCUCGAUCUGUCGCUGGCCUGCGAGCCGUUCGACGUCAGGCUCAGCCCGGCGAGCUUUCACGCCUUGUCGCUGGCCGCUCAGCUCUGGGCCGCUCGCUUGUUGUCCGCCUCCCCGGCGGCGGCCGCUGCAACGGCUCCGACGACGACGACGACUCUGCGGCCGCUCACGACCAGGUACGUCGUGGCCAACGACACCAACGUGCCCUUGAGAUUCGGCCAAGACGCCACCAACGACAGCAUAAUGCUCGAGAGCGGCCAGUGCCACUUUUAUUCCUGGCGACACGCUACCAACCAGGCUUUGAAGGUGGGCAUGGAGGACGCCAACGGAUGGCACUGGAGCAAGCCUUUCUCCAUCAAGGAGGACGCCUGCUUCGACUUGGAACUCUCGGGCUCGGUCGAGCAGCCGAGCGUCGUCCUCAGCUGUCGGGUCUCCGCGCUCUCGGCCUCGCAGAAGCUCGUCACCUUCGUGGCGCAAUUCGUCGUCAGCAAUCAGCUGCAGGACGGCUUCGAGAUGCGACUCAUCAAGUACGACGCACUGGGCAAGAGUCGCGCCAGCCUCUACCCGGAGAGCUUCUUCCUGGCGCCGAGGAGCCGGCCGGCCUCCAUCGUGCUGGCCGACCCGACCAACGUGGCCAUGAGGCUGCGAUUCUCCAGCGUGCCGAAUCUCGCCUGGACCGGUGACAUUCCGCUCCAGCCGAACGCGCGCUGGGGUCAGCCCUGGCUCGUCAAGGUGCCGCUCCAGGAGCGAGGACAGUUCAUCAGCAUAUGGGUGCGAAUGAUCACGGAAACGAUCGACGGGGUCGUCAAGAUUCUCGCGGUCACAAGCCCCUUGUACAUGAUAAGGUCGUACCUUCCUGUACCGGCGAAAGUUCAAAUAGAAACGCCGUCGCUAGGUGUAUCUUUGCAAACGGUCAUCAACGGCAGAGGCGAGAGGCAACAAAUGUAUUGCCCCGGCACAUUCGAGCACGCUCAUCAAUUGACUUUCCAAAUCGAAUCCGGAGUGUCGGCGUCGGAUCCGUUCGUGCCGUUGUCGUACGCCUCGGUCGAUCAGCGCAAGUUUUUCAAGCGGCCCGACAAGGAGAGCAUCCGGGACAUCUUGGAGGCGCUCGAGGCCGUCGACAAGGACGAGGAGGCCGCUUGGCCCUUCUUCCAGCAGAGCGACGGCGACGGGGACGAGUUGUUCCAGUGGGUGGCCGGCGACCAGCCGCAGACCCACGUCCAGGUCAGGUACGAGGACGCCGGCCUGGUGUCGAGCACGCUGCUGCUCGAGCUGCAGCCCUGGUGCUUCGUGCUCAACUCGCUGGGCUGCGAGGUGUCGAUAGUGGCCCAGCAGCAGCAGCAGCAGCAGGUCGAGCUGUGCCGUGUGCCCCAUUAUGGCAUCGUCGCGCCCCCCAAACUGGAGGGCAGCUUUUACCUGGGCGUGCGCCAGGCUGACACCUUUUUCAUGUCCGCGGCCCUGCAGUUCGAUCGGCCCGAGUGGAGCCAGAGCUUUUACAAGCCUCGGGUGCAGGGAUCGAUCCCGCUGGAAGGCAAUCUCAAAGUCUGCGUCGAUCUUUCUUCCAGUCUAACGCAGAUCAGCAUCAAUUCGAGCCUGCACAAAGAUAUGCGCGUUCUGCGCAUCGGCAGCAACUACGUGAUCGGCAACAUGACGGGCCACGAUUUUUGGGCCGCCGCGCUGGCCGUGCCGGCCUCGGCGAGAAAUCUGCAACUGCACGAUCACGCGCCCACCGACAAGAGCAUCAAAAUCUCAGCUGCAACCGAACGAAGAUACGCGGUACCGAUCGUCCAGUGGCACAAGAUAUCGGACGCAACCGAUGGCCCCUUCGUUUUUUACGUCGCACUGCGCCUGAGCGAAAACAAGUGGUCUUGUCCCAUUCGGGUCGAUCAAGGCCUCGCUCGGCGAUGUAUCGCGCUCCCGAGGGGCCGCGAAUCGUUGCCAUUGGUCGUUACGACGCAAGAAGACAAGGGCACCGUAUACGUUACCAUACACGAAGACAAGCAGCCGCAGCUGCUCAUCGAUAACGUCUGCCCCUACGGAAUCGUCGUUGGCCAGAGCGACCAAGAACGAGAUAACGUGAUCCCGGACGCCGAACACUUCGAUUGGAAAUGCUGCAUCGAGAGCAAGAGCAGCUGUUACUACUCGAUGCCGAGCAUCGGCAGCAACCUGCCGGACUUGCCGAUCAGCUCCGAAGCGACGAGCGUCUCGAUGCUGGUGGCCGGCCUCGUCGACGACAGAUCGAGCUCCUCCUACACCUCCGUUUCGGAUGGCUCGAUCCAAUGGUCCAAGAGCGUCGAGCUAAGCGACAAACUGUCGGACCAUCUGCUGCGCUUGCCCGCGCGCGGCGACGUGAAGAUCUCGACGCGAGCCCAGUGCUACACGAUCCGCGUGCGCUUCAGUCCGGUCUCGCAGUACGAGAUAUCGGCCCAAGACAUACGCAGCAAAAUCGAAAGGAAGAGCAACCUGCAGCAGCAGCAGCAGCGAGCCAGCAGCCCUGAUCCGUCCCAGCACGAAAACAACAACGCGUCGUGGCUCGCCGCCGCCGAUCUGGACAACCGCGUGAACAGCCAGUGCAGCUCCGCGUCCAACGCGACGACCUACGUCUCGGCCCAAGACGACGAUGCCGAAGCAGCUGCAGCCCGACCGACUAGCCGAAGCGGUAACAACAACGACGACGAGCACGACGACGACGACGACGACUACAAUACGCGCAAUACCAGUAGCAGCUCGAGUCACGCCUCGGCGACGCUUCACUUCCGCGGCAUCUCGUUCGUCCUCAUGAAGGACGUGAACGAGCAGGGCCAGCGCAUCGAGGUGCUGUCGCUCAGCACCACGGACACGAUACUGCAGCUGGAGCGCGACUCGCGGGGCGAGUCGCAGGUCAGCCUGCACGUGGGCGAUCUGCAGCUCGACAAUCAGAUGUUCGAGUCGGGCGGCUACGACUUUCCCGUGGUGCUGGUCAGCCAGAGGCCGCUCGUGCGCAAGGACACGAACGCCAACGCCACCGCGACGCCGCCCGUGUUCCUCAGCACGAGCCCGAAGAAAAAUCUCGAGGACAUCGUCGACAAUUGCCUGCUCGGCGUCCAACUGAGCCUCCAGGAGGGCGUCUACAAGGAGAUCGCCGUGAAGCUGGCCCCGGUCAGCGCGUACGUCGAGGGCGCCUUCGUCACGCUUCUCAUGGAUUUCGUGACUGCGACUCUGCCGGCCUGUCUGUCCUCCACGAGUAGCGGUCAGCAGCAGCAGCAGCAGCAGGUCAACGCGAGGAGCAGCGAGAAGAACUCGAGUCAUUCCAUUGCCGUUCCGUUGCCCGACCACGUGCUCGUCGACGCGAGGAUACUGAGCCAGCCGCUGCGCCUCCAGAGCUUCCUCAUCGAGCCGGUCUCGAUACUUCUGAGCGUGCACACCUCCGUGCACCUGUACGUGGCCUUCGAUCACUCGCCCCUGUUCUUCGAGGCCUUCGACAAGCGCAAUCUCGUCACGACGCCCUAUCGUCUCGGCAACGCCCUGGCGAUGCACUACCUGUCGGGGGCGAUCUUCGGCGUCGGCUGGGUCGUCGGCUCGCUCGAGAUCCUCGGCUCGCUGGGCGGGCUCGCGCAGGCCCUCGGCAGCGGCCUCAAGGACUUCGUCUCGCUGCCGUUCCAGGGACUGCUGCAGGGGCCCUGGGGCUUCGUCGUCGGCGUGACCCACGGCAGCGCGAGCCUCGUCAAGCACGUCACGGCCGGCACCGUCAACAGCGUCACGAAGCUCGCCUCGAGCGUCGCCAGGAACCUCGAUCGGCUCACCCUCGACGAGGAGCACCUGCAGCGCCAGGAGGAGUUCAGGCGGACCAGGCCCCAGGGCGUGGCUCAGGGUCUCUAUCAAGGACUCACCGGCCUCGGCAUGAGUUUGCUCGCUGCGGUGGCUGGGCUGGCGCAUCACCCGUUGCAGCAGGUCUGGUCGGGCGAGGCGUCGACUCGGGGUCUCGUCAGCGGCGUGGGCCGAGGCCUCGUCGGCGUCGUCACGAAACCACUGAGCGGCGCCGCCGAGCUCGUCGCCCUUACCGGCCAAGGACUGCUCCAAGGCACCGGCUGGAGCUCUCUGCCAGAGCCUCGUCAGCGAGCCGUGGUCCAAUACCCGACGGAGCGCGCGGCCGAGAGCAGCAGUUGUCUGCGCUACGCCUGGAGACUCAUGCCCUUGUUGCAGGCUAACCAGGACAACAUUCUGUACGUGUGCCAGGCCGAGCGGGUACUGCAGCAGCAGCAGCAAGUCAGCAGCGACAAGCAUCCGGUGAGCCUCGUGCUGACCCGCCAGAUGCUGCUCAUCGUCAGCCUAGCCGAAGACAGCCUGGAGAAGGUACUACCCAUAAAAGAUCUGCUGAUGAGCUCGAGCGAACACGAGCCGACUCAGCUGCGUCUUUAUUACUCUACCGCUGCUACCGUUGCCGCCGCCAACGCUGCUGCAGCUGCUGCUGCCGCUGCCGCUGCUACGAGGCAGCAGUUGGAGCAGUCGAAUCACAGUAGACCUGGUUCACCCCUCGAAACGAGUGCUCCGAUUCAUAUGGACCGAGAAAUUAGAGCGAGAGUCGCGGAAUUUUUGCGGACGAGCAGCGCGGGCAUCACGAGCGUAUCCAGCAACAGCGACACGGCCUCGGAGAAUUGCGAGGCGUCGACCCUGCCCGACCCGGACAACUGCUACACAUUCCACCUGAGCGCGGACUCGCGCGCUUACUUUAUCGCGCUCUUGAGUCUUCUGCGGCGACAGUGCCGUGGACACGGAUUCGCCGUAGUGUAGAAAAUGAAACUUUUGUAUUUAGCGUAAUGUCACUGCGAUCUUGUGUCGCAUCACAAAAAAGUGUUCAAGCCUAUAUGAUUUUUUAAUAUUCUUGUUUAAUAAAUUUAUAUAUAUAUAUAUUAUGUAAAAUGACGACGUGUGAAUAUUCGCGUAGAAAACAUGAAUUUUUUAAGAUAUCUUGGAAUACUUAAUUUUUAUCGAUGUGAACUAGAACUUUCCACGAAUUUUCGUGUCGAUAAAAAUAUUUUUAACAAAGAUUUAAAUAUUUUUAAAUAUUUUUAUAAAAAAAUUUAUUGUUAAACCCAAUAUUGCUCGUGAACUUAUAAAAUUUCUACAGUAACAAUAUACACGUAUAAAUUAAUCUAUUGCAUAGAAUAAGUAACAAAAAGUUGCUAAAGGAAAAAUCCAAUAUUAAAAAAUAUAUUGUACAAAAUUUUAAUCAUCUACAGAAUUAAAAACUACUUUGGCUAUCCCAAAUAUAGAAGUAAAACUUUCAGAAACUUA